CUACAAUGGAAUCAGGCUUCUGAUUUCGAAUCAGAAGAUAUCACUUCUAACAAUAUUUAUAUAACUUCCACUGUGCUAUAAAUUUUACAAAAUAAGCAGAGCAAUACUUGCUUUUAUUCUAGCCAGAUGUUUAUAUGUUAAAAAAUAGACUGACAAGCACUGCAAAGUAAACGAAGCUGUAGUAAAACAUUUCAUGCUGCCCAUAAGAAAAAGAAAAUUAAUAUUUCCACUUCAUAACGAUCUGGUUAAAAUAAACAUUUGUUUGAUUUUACGAAACGUGAAACUGAUACAACAAUAAAGAUGACGAAUAUUGAAUUGGAAUUGAAGCCAUUCCUUCCAAGGAAUCGCAACAUGGAUAUGUUUGAUGUGAUUGGCAGCUUCGGCCCUUGGCAGCGGAAUGUGCUUCUCAUUUUUGUUUACGUUAAUACCGUUGGUAUUUGGCAGAAUUUGGCGAUCACUUUCUUCGCUCCCAACAUGGAUUUCCGAUGUGUUGAACCUGCGCAAGAAAUCGCCAACGAGACAAUUUUCGAUAAUCAAUGUGAAGUAUUUGUAGACAAUACUUCUGUACCCUGCACCAAAUGGGAGUACGAUACUUCCUACUUUUCUCAGACGAUCGUCAGUGAGUGGGAUUUGAUAUGCAGCAGAGAAUGGUUAGUGUCCCUGGCCAAAUCUGUUUACAUGGUGGGAUUUCUCAUUUCUGUUGUAUUUUUCGGCCAACUCUCGGACAGUAUGGGUCGCUUUCCUGCUAUCGUUAUUUCUUACGUUAUCACGGUUGUGAGUAUGAUGUUAGCCCUUCUAUCAAAUUCUUAUACUAUGUUCCUGAUCUUGAGAUUUCUACAAGCCUUUGGCAGAACGGGACUCACCACUGUUGGAUUUGUACUUGUUAUGGAAAUGGUAGGACCACAGCAUCGGACAGAAACCGGAAUCGCCAUCCAGAUAGGUUGGGCCCUUGGUUUUGCUUCGCUGGCUGGUGUUGCUUGGUUUUUCCGGCACUGGUUUUGGUUCCAAGUAGCAUUGUCAGUGCCGAUCCUGCCACUACUUCUGACUUGGAAAUUGGUACCUGAAUCUCCUCGUUGGUUAUUAAUGAAAGGAAGAACAGAAAAAUUGGAGGAACUGUUGUUAAAAGUAGUCAAAAUCAACAGGAGAGAGGUUAAAGGAGACUUAAAGGAUCUACUGACAAAUAAUAGCAGUGUUGAAGAAGAAAAAACGAAAAAUCGUACGUUAUUUAGCGUGCUCAGAUGGCCUACAAUGAGAAACAGGACUUUAAACAUGCUUUAUCUUUGGAUGGUAAACUCUUUUAUGUAUUAUGGAUUGUCCUAUAAUACAAAUGAUCUAGCUGGAAAUCCAUAUCUCAAUUUCUUCAUUGCCGGGGCUCUGGAAUUUCCUUCAUAUGCUCUCCUCUAUUGGGGCAUCAAGAAAUGGGGUCGCCGCCCUACACUGAUUGCCCUCAUGAUUGCAGGAGGUGCUGCAUGUGCUGCUAUUCCAGUGGUGCCGUUAGAUCUUCCAUGGUUAAGCACAACUCUAGCUAUGGUGGGCAAGUUCUGCGUCACCGGUUCUUUCGGACUACUGUACCUGUAUACCAGUGAAAUUUUCCCAACUGUAAUCAGGAAUGUGACAUUGGGAUCCUGCUCCAUGAGCGCUCGAAUUGGUUCCAUAUUGGCACCUUUUGUCCGUGAACUGGGUAAAGCGACUCAUACCGCUGUGCCUAAUGUAUUAUAUGGCCUCCUAGCAUUGACUGGUGGUUUACUAGCGUUACUGCUUCCCGAGACAAAAGGACAGCAAAUGCCGGACAGUCUGGAAGAAGGAGAAAAAUUUGGACAGGUAUCUAAAGAAAAUGGCCAUGCGGUAACAGAAUCUCCAGCAAAGGAUACUGAUACUAAUGUAAUCAGUAAAAGCCAUCUAUAAAAGUUCAGUUGUACAGCAGGCCCAUAUCUGAACAGAUCUUUCAUCAGCACUGGACAAGAAGUAUUUUAUAUUACAAAAAGUAUCAGUUUCAUAUUUCGCAAAUAUCAGUGAGCGAGUUUUGAUUAGUGUUCAAACUUUUACCCUAAAAUAGAAAUGUCUUGCGGUAAACAUACAAUACAAGAGCAAUAAUGUUGAAUGAUUAUUGUUAUUUAUACUGAAUCAGAUUGGUAAAGACUGUGCGAACUUCAUCCAGAUAUUCAUGUCUCUUGAAACAUAUUGCACUGUUCGAAAUACAAUGGAAGUUUCUGUAUCAUUCAUUUUCAUCGUUGUUAGGAUGUUUAUGUAAAUUUUGCCCCACUGAAAAUGGGAAUUGGAAUUUAGUCAACUUAUUCAAAUUUGUUAAUUUUCUUCUGACUGCAAAUAAAACUGCAAGAAAAAUUGCGGUUUGCUUGUCAGUCGAAGCAGAUGGCGCAAUACCCAAGUAGCACAACUUGUUGCACAAUAUUAUACAAUAUUGUACGUUAUUAUAUAAUAUUAUUCAACAUUGAGUAAAUUAUACAAUAUUGCGAAUAUUGUUUUAUAUCAUACAAUAUUGUACAAUAUAUGUGCGUACCUGGGGGAUUGACUUUCACUUGUUUAUCAAGUGAAGCACAGAGAUUAUGAAACCUAUACGGCUUUAACUGAUUCAGUAAAUCACUAAUAUAAGGAGCAGCAAUUUUAUACCUCUGUAUUAACGGCAGGCCAUUGGUAAACUUUGCAGGGUAAUCGCAUACCAUUCGCAAAUAUGGUCAGAUUUCAGUUGUUAUUAACAUCACAUCUUUGGCGUUUUUCUACAAAUAUUUGUACACUUGCGAUUAAUUUACAAGUACUUAUAAUUUAAUUUUUUUUGUAUAUACGUCUAUUAGAUCCCAAUCGUUUUGUUCUCGAAAUACAAAUAUAAUGUUUCAUACAUGAAGUGAGAAAUUUUGAAUUAAUAGCUUUUAUUUUAUGAGUCAAUUUAUCGUUACAGCUCAAUCAAAAUUCUUUUGUCUUAUCAAAAAUAACUUUUGGCAAUACAAAUGUAGGUUUUGAAGUUCUUUUGACUUUUAAGAAAAUUCAAUUUUUCUAAUAUUUGUUGUGAAAAAAUUUG